AUGAAAAUAGUCAAAGAUGAAGAUGAUGAAGAUUAUGAAGAGAAAGACAAUGAUAAAGACGAAGAAGUGAAGGAAGAAGAAGAUUAUGAAGAGAAAUACGAAGAAGAGGAAAUGAAAGAAGAUGAAGAUUAUGAAGAUUAUGAAGAGGAAGAUGAAGAAAAAGAAGAAGAGGUAGGAGGAGAAGAAGUAGGAUGUAUCAAAAAAGUAUCACAUGAAUUGGAUACAAUCAUGACAACCUAUCAACUGACUGCCAAUGCCAGUACUACUGCUGACAAUGCUGAUGACAAGUCAUCAUCUACAAUUAAAACACAGCGGUUGGUGUAUUACAUUAUUAAUCAUCGUCCAACAAAAAGUGGUUGGAGAACUAGUAAACAAUCCCUUGCCCCACCCCCCUUCCAACAUUCAAUGGGUUUAAACGCAACCACCCACUUCCCAAUUUAA